AACCUCAAAUAAGACACCGUGUGGCUCUCCAUACAAACUACACUCAGCCAUGAACUCAAACUGAAAAGGGUAACUCGUCGCUUCUUCUUCUUCAUCAUCAUAAAAAACCCAAGCCUCCUGAAGCAAAACAAAACUGAAAAUCUAAAACAAUGUCCCUAUCAAUGGCCUCGUUUUCUCCUCCUUCUACAUACUUCUCUGUCAACCCCAAUUUCGCCCACAAAUCCACUGCUUUUCUCUCUCUUAAGAGGCCCUUUCUUUUGCUUUCCACUCCCAAGUCUUUACCAGACAAUGGAGCUGGAGUUUCAGCUUCAGUCGCUGUCGUUGAAGACUCAAAGCUCAACCAGGAAGACCCCACCCUUGAAAAGGCCGUGGAGAGAUCUUCUGGGUCUAACGGGUUGGCUUUGAGCCCAGAAUUUGAGGUUUUCAGCAAGUUUGAGGACCCUAGGUGGAUUGGUGGAACUUGGGACUUGAAACAGUUUGAGCAAAAAGGGAGUAUUGAUUGGGAUGCCGUCAUUGAUGCUGAGGUCAGGAGGAGAAAAUGGCUCCAGGAUAAUCCUGAAACUACCAGUAAUGACGACCCUGUAGUGUUUGACACUUCCAUCAUACCUUGGUGGGCCUGGAUGAAGAGGUUCCAUCUACCCGAAGCGGAAUUGCUUAAUGGCCGUGCAGCAAUGAUAGGGUUCUUCAUGGCAUAUCUGGUCGAUAGCCUGACUGGAGUAGGUGUGGUCGACCAAAUGGGCAACUUCUUUUGCAAGACUCUAUUAUUUGUUGCUGUUUCGGGAGUGCUUUUAAUCAGGAAGAAUGAAGAUUUAGAUAACAUCAAGAAGCUGAUUGAAGAGACAACCUUUUACGACAAGCAAUGGCAAGCAACUUGGCAAGAUGACACCACUUCCAACAAUAACUAGUUCAAUUUCAAUUUCUUUGUGUUAACACUUCAUGUCUUGUUUAACUUUUCACCAGUGCUGUAUUUCUGAGAAACAAAACUUUAAAUCUGAUUACUUUCUA